AUGGCGGAUGAUGUCAGUGCUGCCGAUGGGCCCGGAGGCCCCGGGGGCCCUGGAAUGGGAGGCAGCGGUGCCUUCCAUGGAGGCUUUGUCAGCGGCGUCCGGGGCCAGGGUGAAAGCCACGGAGCUCGUGGAGGCGAGGCCAAGGGCAAGGAGUGGCUCCCCAUCACUAAGCUGGGCCACCUGGUCAAGGACAUGAAGAUCAGGUCCCUGGAGGAGAUCUGUCUCUUGUCUCUGCACAUCAAAGAACCUGAGAUCAUUGACGUUUUCUUGGGCGCAUCCCUCAAGGACGAGGUUUUGAAGAUCACGCCUGUGCAAAAGCAGGCCCGUGCUGGCCAGUGGACUGGGUUCAAGGCAUUUGUCGCUGUUGGGGAUUACAACGGACAUGUUGGUUUGGGUGUCAAGUGCUCUAAGGAGGUAGCCACUGCCAUCCGUGGGGCCGUCAUUCAGGCCAAGCUCUCCAUUGUCCCCGUGCGGCAAGACUCCUGGGGGAAUAAGCUUGGCAAGCCCCGUACCGUCCCUUGCAAGGUGACUGGCCGCUGUGGCUCUGUGCUGGUGCGCCUCAUGCCUGCCCCCAGGGGCACUGGCAUCAUCUCAGCCCCUGUGCCCAAGAAGCUACUGAUGAUGGCUGGAAUUGAUGACCGCUACACCUCUGCCAGGGGCUGCACCGCCAUGCUGGGCAACUUCGCCAAGACCACUUUCGAUGCCAUUUCCAAGACCUACAGUUAUCUCACUCCUGAUCUCUGGAAAGAGACGGUGUUCACCAAGUCUCCGUAUCAGGAAUUCACUGACCAUCUUGUAAAGACCCACAUCAGAGUUUCCACGCAGAGGACCCAGGCUCCAGCUGUAGCCACAACAUAGUUUUCUAUGAGAAAAAUAAAGUGAAUGAAGCCAGUUUAAAAAAAAAAA